AUGGCACCACCAUGGGUCACAUUUGACAGCAUAGCGGCCUGGAAUGGGGAUUGCGCCAAUGGAGCAGAGCCAGACAUCGCUGGUGUAGGAGUCGUCCUGUCAUUUGUCAUCGCAAGCUUCAUGACUACAUUUGCCUCUAUCCUCGUUAUGCUUCUCGACCAAGCAUUCGAUACGAAGGGUCACUUCACGCCUCGAGCGCCGCUCACAUACAUCCGGGAGCGCUUCUUGGAGAAUGAGUGGAAGAAGCAUUACGCGUGGCGUCCUUUCCUAGACCCACUCAUAAUUGGUUUCGGCGAUCAGCAACUCAUUACGGGCUACGCUGUACUUCUGAGUGGAUGGAUCAAAGUGGCGCAACGCUCAUUUCGUGUCCAAGGUGCUCACUUCGUCCUUAUCCUCUACAUAUGCGCUCUAUCGUCGUCAUCGCAUCUCGCUGCUUUGAUCACGCUCCGAAAGUACUUCCGUAAGUACAAGCUCAUUGCAAAGAUCCGCCUCGCACUUGUCGUAUGCUUCGCUCUAUUUCUGCUUACGUCCAUGAUCACCGCCAUUGCGAUGCCGCCCAGUCUUAUCGAAGACGAAGACGGUACAUCUAUACUGCGCAGUCGUGUACAAAGACUGUCGUUCCUCGUACCACUAUUUCUCAUCCUAAUCGGCUUCUCGACGGCUUUGGUUUGCAUCCUAUACGACCCGGAAGGCAGAGGUCUGGACACACCAUCGUCUUGUUCAGAGUCUUCAAUACAAGCCCUCGUACGCCGCUUGACCGACUCCACACAAAAGGAGAGAGGGUUUUCACCACGGUUCAUAUGUCCAGCGCGUCUUGGUCUGCGUCUCAUUUACUUUCUCUUCCUCAAUCCAGCCAUUGCAUUCGUGGUGCAAAUAUUGCUCGCAAUCUUGUCCGCUAUCUUAGUCCUGACGCAGAAGUUCGCGGCACCUGAGGACCCGGCAAACUUCUGUGGUUUGCAGGAUAACGAGGAGAACGUUUGGGGAUUCGGACAGACGUUGAGUGUGGUCAUGCUUCUGCUACCAGCUAUCACAGCAUUGCAAACAUACCUUGAAGCGCGACAGGAUAUCAAACAUGGAUUCAGUAGAACGCACGACUGA